AAACGCUCGCACUCACACUCACACUCACACUACACUACACUACACUGACUAGUACUACACUAGACUACAUAGAACAAUAAUAAGAUCCACUCCCGAUGAAGUCCAACAACAUCCAAACUGCAGAGUAACCAAUCUACCUCUUUGUCAUCAAAAAAACCUUUCUAGUUUUCUAAUUUCUAUGGCUUCUUCUUCCAACUAUUCUUGCUUUUCCCUAUUUCUCUUUCUCUUUCUCAUACAACUCAUCUUUCACCCUACAUUCCAACAACAACAACCACCACCUCCUAAGCUAAGCCCCGUUGAUCUUAAUGUCCUUGUUUCUAUUAAGAACUCCCUUACCGAUCUCCCCGGCUCCGCCUUCUUCUCCUCUUGGGACUUCACCGCUCCCGACCCGUGUUCCUCCUUCGCGGGCCUCACUUGCUCACUCACUUCUUCCUCCACUCUUCGUGUCGACACUCUCGAACUCGGGUCGGGCCAUUUCGGCACCCUUGGCCUUGCUGGGACUCUACCUGAUUCCAUCACCCGCCUUACUGAAUUGACUCAGCUCAUCCUUAACCCGGGUACGGUCACCGGCCCAGUCCCGCCUCAGCUCGGAAUACUUGAUAACCUACGGGUCAUCUCCCUCACUCAUAACCGUCUCACCGGGCCUAUUCCGCCUUCUCUCUCAUUACCCCGUGGGCUUCACACGUUGGACCUAGGGUUCAACCAGCUCAUAGGCCGGAUCCCGCCAACUCUAUUCACUGAGUUGCCUCAGCUCAAGGUACUCAUCCUCGCCAACAACCGCCUCACCGGCGCAUUACCCGAGUCAACUCAGGAAAGCAAGCUUCUCCACCUGGACCUGAAAUCCAACCACCUAAUGGGCCCCAUCCCACCCACAUUGCCGUCAUCCCUACGCUACGUGUCCCUCUCCCAAAACAACAUGUGGGGCCCAAUAACCAACGGUCCUCUAGAGUCGUUAUCACAGUUAGAGUACCUAGACCUGAGCCAAAACCAAUUCAGCGGGCCCCUCCCUGUAUCUCUCCUCCGCCCUUCUCUCUCCACCCUCCUCCUCAGCCACAACAACCUCUCCAGCACCGCGCCGAAACCCGACAAUCUCUCAUUAUUAUUAUAUCCAGAAGACUCCAUCAUCGACCUCAGCCACAACAGCUUCUCCGGUCCGCCACCAGAAGAGGUUGCCGGAGCCACCAGUAUAUUCCUCAACAACAACCGUUUCAAUGGGCCCGUACCCGAAACAUACAUCAACGGGUUGGAAGAAGGUAGAAUAAAAACAUUGUAUCUUCAACACAAUUAUUUUGAUGAAUUCCCUACAAGAAGAGUGUCAUUGCCGGAUGAGGUGGAAGUAUGUCUGUCUUACAACUGCAUGGUCCCACCGGCGGGGCUUAAUAUUUGCCCCGCCAGUGCAGGCGGUCAGCUCUCUCGUCCCGCCGUCCAAUGCUCGGUGUUCCACAACAACUAACGGCCACCGGGAUUUACUAGGUUGUUUACGUUGCAUAUUAGUCAUCAUACAUACAUACAAUUUUUCUUUUAAUUUAAUUUGUAUUUUAAUCUAAUAGAUUUAUAUCAAAGUUUUAAUUAAUUAAUUAA